ACCCCCAAAAUACUAUAUCCGGAAGUUACUCCAAAAGAGUUCGGAGCACAGAAAUCCACGUGUGGUAAACGUUUGCACAGUUGUUAUGAAGAAUAUGAAAAAUGGAAAGUUCAAUAAAGAGUCUAAACAUAGACCCGGAUCUAAAAAGAGGGAACCUAAACGUAUCGUAAUGUUCGACGAUAAAAACCGAGAGGAAUACCUGACUGGAUUUCACAAGAGAAAAAUUGAGAGGAGAAAAGCGGCUGUAGAGGAGAUAAAGCAAAAGAUGAAGGAGGAGCAGAAGAGGGUCAGGGAAGAGCGACACAAGGAGUAUUUGAGGAUGCUGAUAGAGAGAAAAGAAGCGCUUGAUGAAGCUGACGAAUUAGAGGAUGUGAUUACUGGAACAACAGAAUCUCAACAAUACGAUCAUCCCAACCACACUGUUACCGUCACAACCAUCAGUGACCUUGACCUAACAAGAGCUCACCUUCUUGGUGGGGAUACCAAUCAGGAUGAAGAGGACAAUGAUGCGGAGGAUCACACAGAGGACAAUGAUACUUCACUUCCUAAGAAGUCACUUCCUAAGAAAUCUGGCAAUCCGUUGCUCUCUAAGAAGAUCAAGUCCCUCUCAUCCUCGCUGAACAAGCUAAACAAGCAAUCACAGAAGAAGAAGAGGAAAGGGAAGCAGGAAGACAAAGGAACAGGUCGGUCGAAUUUAACCGGCAGCAACAAUAAACGGAGUCUGGGCAGAACCACCAAGACGCAGAGACGCAGGCAAACAGGAGGGGGCAGGAAUAGGGGGAAUCUAGACAGAGAUUAACUGUGUGGGUGGGCUAUAUGCCAAGCGCAUGCCUGCCAAUGAACUUCCAUAAUGUAUGAACAGAUCAUUUGAAUAGGUUUAAAAGUAAUUUAAGGAAAACGCUACACUUGUAUGCCAUCAUUGUUUUGAAAUGUGAGGAUGUUGACCUAGGGAAUGGGACAUUGGAAUGGCUGUGAAGUUGACAGUGUUUUUUUUAAGCCAAUUUGCCCAAAAAACCCUACCUUCUCUAUCAGUUGUCUGAUCACUGUCUUUUGUUUUUGUACAGAACAUAUUUGUAUUUCACAUUUUGUAACUGAAACUUAAUUGUCUACAUAGAAACUUAAUGGUGUACAAAAUAAAAGGUCUAUAUAAUA